CAACAGAUACUGCUGUGUGCGGCGAAACGGUGUUGGACUUCGCAGCUGAAUUCAGCUGCACUAGCCAGGAAGCCUACAACGCCGAUUCAGCACAAUGACAAGAGGCAUACCAGAGUGCAUUCGGAGAUGAUCUCAACACUUUCAAUACUGGUCCUGGCGCUCAUCACCCAGGUGACGAGUUCUGAGCUCCUUGCUUUGUCUGUGAGCUCCUCGUCACCAGGUCAGCUGGAUGUGCUUUGGGGUUCAGCUGCGGUUUCUGCUGGUGCAUCUGGGGCAGCCCAGACUAGCUGCGGAGUUCUGGAUGCCUGGAUAGUCACAGUGACCUCAAUGAGCGAUGGCGCCUCUACAGAUGUUGAUGUCGGAGCAAAUUGUGAUUUGCCAGUGCCAGCAGUCCAAGGCCACACUUGCCAACUUACACUCACAAGCAAUGCGUACUACAAUGUGGAGGUCCUGGAGGACUGCAACGAUACACAGGCCAGAAGUUCUUCCAACGCAUCGGCGUUUGUUAUGGCACAGCCUGCGAGCCUUCCCACCAUUCUGCUCACAGAUGUCAGUGAAACUUCAAUCUCAAUCUCGUGGUCUUCUGGAGGGGAUGGCGACUGUGUCUUCCAAAAUUGGCAGGCUGACUGGCAAGUCUAUGGUUCGGGCAACUGGCAGCAAGUGGAGAAUGGAACUGGGACAUCUAUUGCCAUGACGGGUUUGCAGGGCAAUUCUGCCUACGAACUGCGGGUGCAACAGGUGUGCUCUGAUACGGGUCUCAACUCUGGCUUUGCGCAGACUGGAGAAGGCCUUUUCACUCUUCCUGGCAUCUUCAAUGUGUAUGUGGGCACAAGCUCAGACACCAGGGUGAUCCAGCUUAGCUAUGGACCAUCUCGGUGCAAAAUCGUGAAGCAGUGCUGUGGAGAUCAGUUUUCGGUAUGCUUUAGCGGCACUGAUAGCAAGACUGCAACUUUGAGCAGGAUGGAGGUUCCUGGUGGCUGGGGUCAAGAUCUUUGGUUGCAGUGCACAGCAGCUUCGGUAGCUGACUACACGACCUUUACAGAGGUCCAAGCACCUGCACCUCAGUGGAUAGAGCUGCAUGAGGCCACUAAGAACACAAUGAGGGCGAAGUAUCGUUUGGGCUGGAUCAUUGAUGAGACUGCCACAUGUGACUGUGCCGAAUUGUCCCUGGAGCUUCGUGCAGAUGGCACAGAUGUUUGGACGCAGUUUCGUGGGAAGGACGACAGCUGCACCAUUAUCGGCACCCGAGAUUGCUUCUUGAUUGAUGUGAUGCCGGACACAAAAUAUUGGGGCCGGCUGAAAAUGUCAUGCCAGAACUCUUCGGUGGACAGCGACUACACUUACACACAGGACCCCAUCAUCACUCCACCUGGCUGCAUAUGGUCAACCCACACUGGUCAAUGGGGGCAGGCAACCAUGUUCGAGUGUGCUGACGGAACAUACUGCAGCGAAGCCGACGCUGCCUGCUGUGUUGCUCAUGGUGGCCGCAUUCGGUGCCCAGCCAGCACUCCCUUCAUGUGCAACAACAACUUCGACUGUGCUGACUCGCAGGAUCGUUGCUGCGUGGCAACUGAGGAGGAGUGUAAUCAGCAUGGAGGGCUGCGUACCUGCGAGGUUCCAGCAAAGACUCCUUUGCUGACCCAAGCAGAGUCUUUGGGGCCAGCUUCGCUCACAAUCUCUUGGGAGCCACAAGAGUACCUAAUUGGCUAUUCAAGCUGCCAAUUUCUGGAAUGGCGUGUGGCAAUAUCGCAAGUUCACAUUUAUGGUGAAGGGGAAUGGGAAUGGGCUUUGGAUUGCAACAGCCGGAACUACGACCAGCGGACAUGUACCAUAGAGAAUUUGCUCAGCCUGACAGCGUACAAUGUGCAGGUCUGGGCCCAGUGCACAGUGGUGGAGCUCAGCUCAUAUCCAAAUCGAACAACGGUGUCUGUGGAAACAAGGCCAAUACCCUCUGUGGCGCCUUCAGCACUUUUCUGCACCCAAUUGGAGCCUCUGCAAUUCUUUGCAGAUUGGUGGCCUUCCAGCAGUGAAGACUGCGAGUUUGUGGCUUGGCAACUGGAUGCGCAACUCAUGCCAAGAACUGCGGGCUUCACCACAGAUGGUCUUUAUGAAGAGGCAGCACCUGGAGGAGAUUGGGUGACGAAGUGCUUGCUGUACGAUCGGAAUGUGCUGGAAUGCUGGGUGCAGGGUCUGCUGGCCAACAGAGAAUACAAGAUUAGAGUUAGAGAGACUUGCACUGAUCCGCUGGCCAACAGCCCUUUCUUUGAGAGGUAUCAAGAAUGCACUACACUUACCAUGCCUGCCUUUGAACCAUUGAAUCUCACUGCCUACAAUGAAGAUUUGUAUACCUUCGAGGCAAGCUGGGAACCAAACGAUCCGAAGGCCUGCAUCUUCCAAUACUGGGAUGUUCAAGCGAAGGUCAAUGGAACUGACUGGCCAGACGGUGACGACCCACCAGUAUUUGGGUGUCGAGUGCUGGAAAGGAGCACCACAAAUUGCACAGUUCACGUUGGCAUCAAUAGUGGGGUCCAUUUUGAGUGGCGAGUGCGUGAGGCAUGCACGGUGCGACGGCUGUUUACAAACUGGGUCUACUAUGAUGGACUGGUUCUCACUAGACUGCCAGAUCCAGCUUCUCAGCCACAGAACCUCUCGGCCUUCUCCAUCUCACCAAGCCAUGAGAUCUCCUACACAUCCUUGAAUGUGUCCUGGGAUGCCCUUCCUCCAGGUGAGUGCAUCUUCACGGGCUGGAAAGUGGAGACCAGCAUCACUGGUGAAACAACAAACUGGCAGGAGUCCACAGAAUGCCGAGCGAAUCCGCGGGAGCCGUUUUCUUGCACAAUCACCACUGGCCUGUUGAGCAACGUCUACUACGACAUGCGGAUUUCCGAGACCUGUGUCGAUCCAAAUGCAGAGGGAGAAGCUCUUGUUGUCUACAGCAUCGCUAGAACGCGUCCAGUUCCCGCUGUCGCACCUGUUCUGGUAUCAGUCUUUGCAACCAGUGCACGAUCUUUGGGUGUUUCCUUCAUCCAACAAUCGGCUGGACAAUGCAUCUUCCAGGGCUACGCCAUGCAGUGGCAGUUGCAGGGCUGGGACUACUGGCUGUCUGAUGCUGACUGUUUGCCAAGAGCUGCCUCCCUUUGCUCUGUGACUGGCUUCCCAUCCAGUCAGAGCUACUACACAGUGAGGAUGAUGGAGACAUGCAGUGAUCCUCUGGCAGACAGUCCAUGGGUGGAAUGGCCAGAGUUCAUUCAGACUUGGCCUGAACCUGCUCAAGCUCCAAGCAAUUUCACCUUUGUGGAGCUCACAGCAUACAAUGUGACCUUCAGCUUUGAACCCGGACUUGGACUCGAUUGCACCUGGGCCUCCUGGCAGGUGCAGAUGCUGCAAGACUUCAUAAAUCCGUUGUCAGACUGGACAGACCUUGCGGAUUGUAGCGCUUUGCCGUUUCGCGAGAACGUCACCUGCAGCAUCCUUGGGCUUCAAAGUAACAGCGAAUAUCAGGUACGAGUACGCGAAACCUGCACGAACUACAUCUAUGACAGUGACUGGGGCUACUCACCUCGAUUCUUUUCCAGCAUGCCAGUCCAAGCUGCUUUGCCACAAGACUUGAAAGUGGUGCCGAACUCGAUCACCGCCUUCUUCUUUGAUGUCUCUUGGGUAGCUGGACCUGCUGGACAAUGUGUCUUCAAGGAGUGGGUCAUGGAGGUUUUCCAGAUCUCUCCUGACCCUGGUGACUGGGCACUUCCUCCGCUGGUGCACCUGUUGGAUGAACCUCACACAUGGGUGCGGCACAAAUGCACAGCUGGAAGAGAAAGUCCACUCUGCCGCCCUGGUGAUUUGCCGAGGUCGUUAAAGCAAAACUCCACAUACUCAGUGCGAAUCAAGGAAACCUGCGUUGAUCCAAAUGCUGAUAGUGACUUCACAAUACUCGAUGUAAACGUUACAACGGUCAUUGCCAUUGAGCGAGCAGAAGCACCGGCCAACCUCACCGUGAGCAAUGAGACGGCCUACACUUUCUUGCUGGAGUUUGACGCUGGUGCUCCUCAUGAUUGCUACUUUACUGGCUGGGAUGUAGAGGUUCGUGAAAACUGGACGAUGGAGGUCAACAUUAGCAACGAGACCAACUACACUGAGGUGAAUUACUCACUCUGGGUUCCACGCAGAGAGUGCCAGGAGGAGGACCUUUUUCCUAGACAUCGAAUGCGUUGUGUAGUUCCUCGGCUACGAAAGCAUUCGCUCUAUGAUGCGAAGGUACGAGAAACCUGCUACGAUGGCUACACCUACGAUCUGGACAGCGACUUCAGUGACGAGCUGCCCAACCGGCAGGCCGAGACAGAAGUACCAGAGGCUGCCACCACACCUUUUGGCCUUGAAAGCUUUGAGCCUGGCCCAUACAGCUUUAGCUUGCGAUGGUUUGCUGGCGAUCCACAGGACUGCUUGUAUAUGAAGUGGCUGGUGGAGAUCCGGGACAAUAAUUUCACAGGUGGUGAGUGGCGAGAAGCCAUUGAAUGUGGACGCCAAGAACGCGGUGUAACCAGCUGCACCAUCACAGAGCUGCAUGGCGGCUACUUGGGAGAGGAGGCACAUGUACGCAGCAACACUGAAUAUGAAGUUCGUGUAAAGGAAGCUUGUGAAACUUAUACCUCCAUCUAUGAACCUUGGGGCGGAGCUCGAGAACGUGCACAGUACUUGGACAGUCCCAUUUUCUACCUUGCGUCCAAUGCAUUGCCGAGGACCCUUGUGCCAGUGCCAACAUUGACGCCAUCACAGUUUGAAGUCUAUGACGUUGAUCACCAGUCCUUCAGACUCAGCUGGCAAGCACCUGCCUCCAACGAUUGUCGUUUUCGGAAUUGGACAGUCGAGAUUCAACGUGCCAUCCAAUGCAUCUCUGGCCCUGGAUACACCAACUGCACUGAUGUUGAAAAUGACCCAUGGACGAUUCCAUCCAGCUGCGUUAUCGAGGAUCGCUCAAUUACAAGCUGCCAGGUGUAUGGAGUUACGAGCUACGCUUUCUACAACGUGCGAAUGCGAGAACGAUGCAGUGAUGGGACAGCUGAAAGUGACGAUGCAUCUUUAGUUGCUGAGAUUUGGCCAUUCCUGGCGGAUGCGCCAGAAAACCUGACAGUGACAUCUCCAGAGCCCUUCACGCUGAACUUGAAAUGGGUUCCGGGUAGCUCGCAAGAGUGUGUCUUCUCCCACUGGGACGUGCAAGUACAGGGUCGAAGAUAUGGAGAUUUGGUUGACAGAUUUUCUCGUGAGUCUGUCACGGAGAAGUGGUAUGGCGAGAUUUUUGACCUCGAGAACUACACGCUAAAUUGGAGCUCAACAGUCGCUUCAUGUCGCUUGGAGGGUCAGCGGGAGGUCGCUGAGUGCAACGUCAGCGGGUUGAUCAGCAACGCCCUCUAUGAUGUCCGCAUUGCUGAGCGCUGCGUAGAUUCCCGGGCUGACAGCCCCUGGACAGUCCAGGGCCUGAAGGCCACCAUUCCAGCAUGGGCGCUAACCCCACUUGGACCCAAUAUCACCAAUGUCACCACCACCAGCAUGGAUUUGGAGUGGGCCGCAAGUGAGCCGAGAGAUUGUCUCUUCCUAUCAUGGAAGGUGGAGGUGAAGCCAGUGGCGAUUGCCCUGGAUGCAUGGAUACCCGUGCCUGAAUGUUCUCUACCUGAUCGAAGCGUGACCUUUUGUCGAAUUGUUGGACUGCAAAGCUACACCAGCUAUGACCUGCGGGUGCAAGAGACUUGCAUUCACAACACCAGUGACAGUCCAUACUUGCUGGAUGAGAGAUCUUUCACUACGGACGUCGGCCAGGUGAUCUAUGUGGGCACGAACCCCGACACGAACUCCAAAGCGAUUUACUUUGGAUCGCAAGGGCUGAAUGCCUGUGCGUAUCACACAAAGUGUUGCCAAGAUGAGUUUUCUCUUUGCUAUGGAACAGACCAGGUGGAGGUCAUAAGAACAGAUUUGGCAGAUGCUGGUUGGGGUCAGGAUUUAUACCUCUCCUGUGUAGCUGAUACGGUGUCUCAGGAUGAGAUGAAGCGUAUCGUGGCUCAGCCACCAGCAACGCUGGAAGCUGUUGGACGCACAGCAAACUCGAUUGACUUGGUUUGGCUACCUUUCGGAUCUGGGGGGUACAUGAGCGAUUGCUACUGCUCUGUUUGGAACAUCUUCAUCAGGCGUCAAGGCACAACAGAGUGGCUGCUCUCUCCUGACUGCAACAACAUGCCUUUUCAACAGAGCAGUUGCACGGUACAAGAAUUGGAAGGCAAUUGGCUUUUCCCCGACACGCAGUAUGAGAUUCGUGUACGGCAAACCUGCAGCCUUGAUCGCCUAAGCAGUCCUUACGUCGAAAUCCAGGUGCCAACUCUGCCCGGCUGCAGUUUCUCACAGCACAGUGGCAGAGACGACUUCUUCGUUUGUGCGGACGGAUUUGAGAGCAACAUAUUUGAAGGUGGCCGUUUUGAUGGUGAUGGUAUUGGUUGCUGGCGGCGUGGCGGCAGAGCUAAAUGCUCCAAGAACUUUCCAUACAUGUGUGCCAGCCCUGACAGUUGUGCAAAGGUGGAUAGCGCCGUCGAGGGUGGCGUGAGAGCGGAUCACUGCUGCAUGCCAGAGCCGUGCGGCAACCGAAAUGGUGGAGACAGAGUUUGCAUUGUGCGUCCAAAUCCUCCUACCAAUCUGGUUGUGACUUCGACAACCCCGGACUCUCUCAACAUUGAUUGGCAGGAGCAAGACUUCGCUGACCCAACCUUCUACCCCUGCAACUUCCGUCGGUGGCAAGUGGAUUUGAGCCAGUACUAUUUCGAGCACUGGAGCUCUCAGUGGACUUCUGCAGCGGCAUGUUUCAUUGAGGAUCGUAGAUUGACAUCAUGCACAGUCACAGGUUUGGUAAGCAACGCACAGUAUUAUGUUCGCAUCAGGGAGGUCUGCCAGGAUGAUGAUCUCAAUGGAGACUUCGAGAACUAUCCAUCUUUGGCACAGGUGAACCCUUUGCCUUCUUCUGCUGUGACUGGCGUCUAUGAUGUACAGCGAGAGCCAUUCUGGAUUCAUGUGGCUUGGACACCCGGCAUCCCGAAUGACUGCAUCCACGUGGGUUGGGAGAUCACGGCAGCUGCAGGUAUGGAGUUUCACACGUUCACAACAGAUGGCCAACCACGGGAAAACGCUUACCAGAAUAUGACUGGUCUGACCGACGGCGUCAGCUAUGAAGUCUCAGUGCAUGAAGUGUGCGAGAACCCUUUGGCCAACAGUGAGGCGACUAUCAUUACCAUCUCCACGAAGCCGGAAGCAGCAGGAGCUCCUGUACAGCCCAGUGUGAGUGCCGCCGGUCCUUACUGGAUGUUCCUUGAAUGGCAGGCUGGUUCGAAAGGGAGGUGUACCUUUUUGCACUGGGAUGUCCAGUCUCGGAAGACAGGCACCGACAUGUUCCACACGGCCGCGCUUUGCACCGAGCAACCAGAAAGUGCCACUAGCUGCAACGUGACGGAGACUUUUGCUUGCUACAAGGACAAGACGUACAGCGGAUUCUAUGACGUUUGUAUCCCGAAUGUUGAGUGUCCACUGACCAGCAUCGAAAAUGUCACUGCCUGCCAACUGGCCUGUAGCUUGCAGCCAGCCUGUCGUGCCUUGCGCUAUCAGGCAGCCUAUGGUCAUUGCUAUCUCAUUGACAGCAGCUACAAUCAACUCGACGAUAAUCCACUUUACGAGACCACAGGCUGUGCCCGAAAUUUGGGCUUGGAAAGCUUAACUGGGUAUGAGCUCGAGGUCGCAAAAAGAUGCGAAGAUCCCGAAGCUGACAGCAGCUUUGUAAGCAUUCAACCUGGCCUAGUGUCUAAUCAAACAACUGUUGCAGCAGCCACCCAGCCAGAGGAUGUUGCAGUUGAAGCUGUAUUUGGCGUUACGAUGAGGCUAUCAUUCACACCCGGAGCCUUGAGAGACUUCAUGCCAAUACGUGCUGAUGGUCCACGUCUCGAGAUGGAUGAUAGCACUGACUGCGUCUUCCAGCAAUGGAGCUUCCAGGUCAUGCUCAACAAAAGUGAGGCUCCGUCUGACGGUCCAGUGUCCUGCUGGCAGUUUCCCAUGGUUUGUGACCAGGUGUGGCACACUGUCCCAAGCCACUGCGCAGAUAAUCUUCGUGAUACUGCAUGGUGUGACGUCCGUGUGUACUGGAGCCAGGAGCUGUACCAGCUCCGUAUGCGGGAGGAGUGUGUUGACCCUAUGGCCAACUCACCGUACAUCAACCAGCCGCUCUGGGUCGUAUCAGGUGUGGCAAUGGCAGCAGAGAGUGUAGAGAACUUUACCGUCACGGUUGGCAUUGUUGACUACAACAUAUCUCUCACGUUUGACUGGGAUGCUGGUGAAGACAAUGACUGCAUAUUCACAGGCUGGGAGCUGCAACUGCGGGCCGAAGAUAGCGACUGGGAAGACAUGCAUCAUUGCACAGAUGCAAGGAAGGAAGAUGUGAAUUGCACACUCACAGAAGGCAUUUCUUCGCAGACAACAUAUGAUGCGAGGGUUCGUGCUUUUUGUUUGGAUCCGCUCACCAAAAGCAAUUGGACGGAAAUGAUGAGGAUGUUUACAACUCCAGCCAUCCCAGCAGACGCACCUUUGGUGAGUCUGUUGACCAUGGGGCCGCAUGAGAUGUGGUUUUCACUGGAGCCACAGGAACUCCGCGAUUGUAUCUCCCUUGGAUUUGCCAGUCACCUUCAGGCAUCAUCCUGGGUGGAGGUGAUGCCAUCAGAAAAUUCCAGCGACAUGCGGAGUGUGAAUGAAAGUAUCCUGUGCUUGCCGCAAAAUCGUGAAAGCACACAGUGCAUGCUACAAGGGUUGCAGUCCAACACGACGUACUUUGUGCGUAUAUGUGAGUUCUGCAAGAACCCGGAGGCUCAGAGCUGCGGUGAAGCAAGCAACACCACCGCAUUGCUUUCUCCUGAUGCACCCUGGAGCUUUCAAGUGGCCCGAACAAUGGAGCAUGCAAUGAUUACUUUCAUAUCAGGGAUGGUGCCUGGCGAUUGCAUAGGCACAGGAUGGGCCAUCGAGUACUUCAAUGAGAGCUGGCAGCCCUUGGGUACUUGCCCGCGAUCUCCUGGUGCUGGAACAGAGCAGCAGUGCUUGAUCUACACGGGCGCAUUGCUUCCAGAGCAGCACUACUGGAUGAGGGUGCAAGAGAUUUGUGGUGCUGUGAGCCCACCAUUUGUGAACUUUUCUCUUCCUCAGAUUCCUCCACAGGUGCCAUUCGAGGUGGACUUGAUCAACAUAUCCAACAAGAGCAAUGCUAGUGAAAUGGAGGAUAUGAUGGAUGGAAUGCACAAUGACAUGCCAGUAAAUUCGACAUAUGGCAAUGGCAGCUACAAUGGAAGUACCAUGAUGUGGAUGAUGGACGAUGAGGAUGUGGAAAACACGACAGACAUUGGCAACGAAACAUUCAACGAGUCAGUGGGAGAGUUCGCACACCAGCCCACUAUGGACUUGGCCAAAGAUGACAAUGAAUCUGUCAACGACUCUGUGGACAGAGAUGACAAUGAAUUUGUCAACGGCACCAAUGCAACUAGUAGCGAGUGGAUGUAUGAGCACGACAUGGAUGCUGAAAAUGAGUCUGCCUACGAAGAUGACAAUGAGUCUGUCAAUUCAACUCAGAAUGCAUCUUCAAAUGGCAGCCUCGCCACAGGUGAUGCGGGUGUGGAGGACCAGUCUGUCGGAGCUCAAUCUCGGAUGGCAUGUCAAGACACCUCUGACUGCUCCUGGAUUCUUGGUGACUGGAGCUCGUGCUCAAGCACUUGUGGUGCCGGAACGCAGACUCGAUCCAUUUCCUGUCAAAGUGGCUUCAUUGAGGACUGCCCAAAGCCAAUGCCAGAGAGCAGCAUGGAUUGCUACUCUACUGAGCUCUGCAGCUGGGAACCAUCGACGCUGACAGAAUGCAACACAACGUGCGGCGCUGGCACCCAAGAUCAAUCCUGGAGCUGUCCGAGCGGUAGUGCCACCGACUGUGGACCCGAGCCUGAGACAUCCCAAGUGGCCUGCUACGAAACCGCUGGAUGCGUGUGGCUGGCAUCUGACUGGGGUGACUGCAGCAGCCGGUGUGGUCAUGGCACUCGGACCCGCAAUGUGUCGUGCUCGGGCCCCUUGGAGGCAGAUUGUGGGCGAGCACGUCCAGACUCUCGCGAAGUUUGCCAAGAUAUAUCGGAGUGCAAUUGGACGACCAGUGAGUGGAGUUCUUGCAGCACUUUCUGCGGCAGUGGCUUCAGAGUUCGACAGGUCUCAUGUCCUUCAGGCGUGGAGAGUGACUGCUCCGAUGCGAAACCUACAGCAAUAGAGGAGUGCAGAGAGGUGGGUAGCUGUCAGUGGCUUGUGUCUUCAUGGUCCGCCUGCUCCAGCUCCUGCGGAAAUGGCUCAGUUACUCGGACAGUUUCCUGCCAAAGUGGACUUCAGGCGGAUUGCUCAGAGCCUGAGCCUGCGAGCGAAGACGCUUGCUUCUCUUCCGCGUGCAACUGGACUGUCACAGACUGGUCCUCUUGCAAUGUGACCUGUGGCUCCGGUUUCCAGGAACGUGAAGCUCUCUGCCCGGCUAGCACUUGUGUUGGAGAUCUUCCGGCAACCCUGCAAUCUUGUGUUGGUCGCUCCGAAUGCACUUGGCAAGUUGGAGAAUGGGGUCCAUGCAGCACCAGCUGUGGCACUGGCAUGAGAAAUAGAUCAUUGUCCUGCCCCUCUGAGUACAUCGAGGACUGUGGGGAUUUGCCAGCUGCAUUUGAGCUUUGUACCUCGUACAGUGGAUGUGAAUGGCAAGUUGGGGAGUGGUCACAAUGUGAUGGUAGCGGAUGCGGUCAGCGAGUUCGUGCUGUUUACUGUCAAAGUGGACAAGCUCAGGACUGUGUGGCAGAUCAACCCGCGAACAUCACGACCUGCGAUCUGCAGGUUUGCAUGGAGGUCACCGAAGAGUCAGCUAGCUUUGAUUUAGUGCUUGAAGUUGACAGCGAGACCAAUGUGGAAGGUGUCAAAGAGUCACUUCAGGAGGCCGUGGCUGAAUCCUUGAAUGUUGAUGUGGAGGCAGUUUCUGUGGAGAUAGCGGACGGCAGAAGGUUGGCUUCGACUAGGUCGCUCCAAUUCCUCGUGCAGGUCAGAGAUGUUACAAAGGGCCUGUCGGAAUUCCUAUCAUCCGAAUCCAGCCUGGGUGCUGUAGCCCAGGAUGUGGUGAAGGAGCUGGAAGCAACGGGCAUCAACGCUGCAGUUCAAAUCAGCGUGCGGCUCGAAACUACUACACUUCCUAUGACGACUACUACAAGUGCAGCCACGACGCCGGUUAGCUCCGUCGCAGCCACAUCAGUUACAAGUGAAUCCACUUCUUCCAUGCCUUUCACAUCUUCCUCGUCAGUGGGCAAAGCCCUGAAUGCUGAGUCAUCAACGGCCCAGGAGACAAGUGUGACUAAGUCUACAAGCUCAGCUGCAAGCACAUCUGCAGCCAUGGAGGUCAAGGUGGGUGAAGAAGCCACGCUUAGCGCAGAUCCUGAAGAUGCACACGCACCCCAGGACUUUGUCAUGAUACCUGUGGUUGGACUGUCACUGGCUGCACUUGUGAUCUUUGGAGGCUUGAUAUGGAGAGGACGUCACAGGCAGCUCCACACAGCACGGCCAUCACCAACGAAAGGGGCUUGGACAUCGACAGAGAUCCGCAUGAAUUUGUAUCCUUGGGACUAUGCAGCAGACACACUUGCGGGAAUGAUUUGGACAACUGUCAAGGUUCAUGCAGAGCUUGAAGAGGAGGUGCCUCAUGCCAGCCAAAGCCCGACCAAUGGUUGCGGGUCAUUGGUGGCCCAAUCUCCAAAUCCAGCUCCGUCUGAACCACCAUCCUUGUCUGGAUCUUUUGGAUCAGAAGCAGGGCAAGCAGUGGUUGCAGCGGCUUCUCAGGUCCGCACAGUUUGCACUGUUGCUGGCGCAGCUGCACAAAUGAAUCAGGCUGGCUUCAGUCAAGACGAUGAGAGCACUAGACCAUCGAGUGGCACAUCUGGCAAGUCUCAAGCAGAUACAAGCACUGCGCUUCCAAGCAUUCCAGUCCCGGCUAUUCCCACCACACUUCGGGCGGCGGCAUCGACCAGACAAGACACUACACUCGCGCCGUACGACCUCUCACGACCUGACCCAUCACAGCCGUCCAGACCCUCCAAGACACACAAGCCAUCCAUCACAUCAUUUCACAGCACAGCCCACCUUCCAAUGCCACCUGCAAUUUCCCAUCAGGAUGCAUCGCCAUCGUCUCUAAGCUCUUUUGGAGGGUCACCCACUGUGCGCCCGCCAAAGGGUUCGCCAGUGGUGAGUGUGCGUGUCAACAGAAGACAAGAACUGCCGAGCUCUAGUUCUCAACCACCACCAAACACUCUUGAUGUACCUGGCGCUUCAAAGGGAGCUGGAACAUCGAGCUCUGGUGAGGUUGAUCGGGAGCGGAAAGAUUCUUGGGAAUCCUCAAGGACACCAAUUUCAGAAUCACCCCGCUCAGAGACAGGGUCUCCACCACGGAGGAUUCCAAGACACAUGGUGCGAGCAGUCGCUGCCUCACCAAUGUCACCAAGUGAUUCGGAGAGCAGACGAUCCCACUCAGCAAGGCGAGUGCCUGCAAGGCCCUCUGAUUGCUGGCCACCUCCACAGCCACGGUAACACCUUCAAGAGGUUCGGGCUGCUUUGGAGAUUUCUCAGACUGAAAGCCUUUCUGCAAACAAAGAAAGUCUCAGACCGGUACAUAAAACGGCUUGGAAAGACUAAGCAGAAUUGAAUAGCUUGAAAGCGCCAAGAGUCUUUCCCAGCCGAAUGCUUUUGGGUACUUCAGCAGACAUACUGCAGGUAGGUUUUGGUGUCCUUUGAAACCCAGGGGUUGGUUCAGUGAGGUUGUUGGAUUUAGUGACUCCCAAAGAGAUUCCAAAAGGUCUGCCAGAGGUUCUUUCAGAUUCAAAUGGUGCUGUGAGCGCGGAACCUGAAGGACAAACUGUGAUACUCCACUGCGCUUUCAGGAAGUUGUAGAUCUCGCAAUUUUUUGUGAACUGCAAUGCAGCGCAGGAGAAAAGGACCUGACUAAUGGUGCUGGCUGUGAAUCAUCCGAGAUGUGUGAUUGUUUUUCUUGAAUCGGGGCUUGCAGGUGACGCUGCACUGAUCUCCC